AUGAGCGUUCAAACUUUUGACGUCAACGAGCCUGAAACAUGGCAUUUGGCAGCGAAGAUUGACAACGAGCUACAAAAUAUGAUCAAAAAUGGGACAAAGGGGAGGUUUACUGGCGAUACCGACCAUCUUACACUAGAGCAAACGCGAGCCAAGUUUGACAGCCUCUUCCAACAGGAUGCUGACAAUCUUCGAUCGAGUGUGCAAGAUGAGGUGUCUGAGGAAGAGAUUCGUAUUCCCGUCAGGGACGGAUUCAAAGUCCGAGCGCUUGUUUAUCGUCGCAAGACUGACCAGCCGAAGACGGAUCGACCUCUUGUAGUCCUUAUUCAUGGCGGAGGCUUCAUUCUAGGCAACGCCGAGAUGGAGAUGCCAAAUUGCGUUGAAGCAGUCCGAAGAUAUGACUGCGUGGCGGUGAGCUUGGAGUACCGGCUUUCUCCAGAAGUCAAGUUUCCAGUUGCAUAUGACGAUUGCUGGGACGCUCUCAAAUGGCUAUCUAAGAACGCGAAUACUCUUCAGGCCGACACAAAGCGUGGCUUUGUCUUUGGCGGGACUUCGGCUGGUUCACAUCUCAGCAUUCCCUUGGCUCACAAAGCUCGUGACGAAAAGCUCUCACCUCCACUCACUGGGCUUUACCAUUGUGUGCCGCCUGCUCUGAUGCCACAAGCACUGACUGAAAAGUAUAAACCUCUCUACAACAGUAGAGAACAGCUGAAGGAUGGCAUGGCGCUCACUGCAGAGUCCACAAAGGUCUAUGACAAGGCCGUCGAGCCAGACUUUGUUUCGCCACUUUGGAAUCCUCUCCUUUGGCCAACUGGACAUAGAGGCUUGCCCCCCACGUUCUUUCAGAUCUGUGGGGCUGACUUGUUGAGGGAUGAGGCAUUGAUUUAUGAGAGGGAACUUCGACUCGAGAGUGGUAUUAAAACCAAGACGGUUGUAUACGAGGGUUUGCCGCAUGUAUUUUGGUAUGAUUACCCGACUCAUAGUGCGAGUGCCAGGUUUGCCAAGGAUGCGGCUGAUGGUUUGGGAUGGCUACUCGGUCAGAAGAAGUAG